AUCCGGCCCGAUCAAAGCAAGCAUGUGUUGAAGAUUUGAAAAGAUUUUUCCUCUUCCGUCACUCGUGUCCCGCACCGCACACCAGUCCAGUUCGCGAAACAGCUGAUUUUGGCUUGCAAUCAGCUGACGACGAGCGGACACUCUCCCGUCUCAGGCCAAACGGAUCCAGUUUGUUCCAGGCCCUCGUCCCGUUCGGAAGUCGGUCCCGGUUAAAAACUUUUGCAAACUUCUCUCUCCGGAGAUAGGUAGAAGAACCUUGAGAAAAGAACAAAGAAGGACGACCUUCCGGACGAACAAAGGAACCAGCGCCUUGGAGGAUCAUCGGCCAUGGCGGAUGAAAAUUUCAACAAAGCUCCCGGUUCGGAGAUUAAGAACCGUAUCCCUCCCGUUUCCCUGGGCAACGGGAAAACAUCAUCUCUCAUCACCUCUUCCUCGCCACUCCUCCCCGGUGGCCACCAGCCGUCGACGGCAUCUUCCGGACAUUCUGCUCUUAGUCAAGACUUUCAGUACACCAUUCUGCAGUAUGGCCACCACCUGAUGCCAACGCUAGUCCAGCCGGGCUUCUCGGUGUACCAUCCGGCACCCCCGCCGCCGCCCGUUCCGAUGUCGUUUCCGGUGUUCUACCAACCCGUCAACGGAGGACUUCCCCAGCCGCAACCCGUCGAUGCCAACAUGUUCUACCGUUGUAUGCCGCAGCUGGCCAGCGGUGCCGAGCUGCUAGGUGGUCAGAAGCUCUACAUGGCGCGAGGAGGAGGUACCAAGGUCGCGCAUGGUAAGAACAAGUCAAAGGAGCUGGACAUCGAUACGCGCAAGAUCGCGGAGAUUGCCGUCGGAGUCAGUGACGCCCCGCUCAGCCCACUGCUUUCACCGGACUCAACAUCGCGCGGUGCCGCGUCCGAAACGGGCUUCGGCGGAACGGGCGCCGUGGCCGACCAGGAAAAGUUUGCCGCGCUGACCGAGAUGGCGAUGCAGGGCUGCGAACUGGCCGAACAGCUGGCGACGCACCACCAGAAGCGGCCGUGCUUCAAGAAGAUCGACAGUCUGUGCGCCCGGAUGAAGCAGGACCUGAUCCGGCCGGACAGCGUGCUCGCGAACAUCAACUCGCAGGGGAUCGCUUGGGCGGUGAAGGACUUUAUCUUUGUCUUUACGCGCAUCAUCAACGCGUGGAUUAUCAUCAAGGGGUACGUGUACAACACGCCGGAGGGGCUGGAGCGGGUACAGAAGGUGCUGAGUCCGGACUUUUUGGAGAGCUUUUCCAAGUGGCAGGACUCGACGAUCGACUUUGUGGACUGUUUGAUCAAGUCGUUUACGAACCUGGACCAGAUGGUGCAGACGCAGCGGACGAGCGGAGUGCAGAAGGAGUCCAAGUAUGGAGGAGGUCGUCAGUCGAAGACGGACGAGGAGAAGGAGCGCCACAUUCACGAGCUGUACGAGUACCUGAAGGAUAUGAUUCCGAACUUGGGGGAGGGCGGCAAGGGCGCGGCUGGGGCGACGACGACUUCGUCGUCCGACAACACGAGCACCAGCGACAUGUCCGAUCGGAGCAGCGUGGUGUUUGAGAAUGCCAAGAGCUUCCUGAUGUCGGUGGUGAACGAUUCGACGCACGCCCAGAUGAAGCACAACGAGAACGGGACGUACUUCAAGACGGGAAUCUACGAGCCGGUCAAGAAGCCACCGGGUUUUGGGUCGCCUCCGCCGCAGGUUAGCUGCCAGGUGAAGAGUUCGUACCCGUUGGCGGAGCCUAGUCCGGUGACUUCAACGCCCAAGAUUCUGAAGAAUCCGAUCGCUCAGGAUCGGCCCGAUUUGCUGGGAAGUGUCGCUGGGGCUGAUGGCGAUGGAGGGGACAUUUCGCUCGGUGGCCAGCUGCAGACGGACUUUUUCAACGACGCCAUCAUCCGGAAGAGCUUCGACAGUGAAACCGUCGCCAAGAUCCACUUUCUGCUGCAGAAGGUGUUUAGCGUGAAGGAGGCGAUGUACUUUCUCGUGGGGCAGUUUACCAAGAAUUAUUUCCCAGACUUUCACACCAUCAACCCGAACUUUGUGGAUCUCCGCUCGAUCAUCUCGAAGGCCCAAAUCGGCGGCUACCGGAACGUGUACGAGAUUGUGCAGGACCUGCGCCAGAUUGUGGUGGCCGCUCGGCGUUACCUCGAACAAAAGUCAAACACGCUGCUGGAAGAGUCGGCGGACGAGUUCGAGCGCAGCCUGGAGGACAUUCUGAGCGACAAGAUUUUUGACUGUUACGAUUUUAGCGGCUCGCUCGGUUCCAGCUCGCCGACGGCGACCAGCUACAGCGGCAGUUCCAGUGGCUUUGGUAGCUCGCUGGCCGCUUCGUCCGGUGGAUUUUGAAGGGCUUCCUCAAAGUUUUACACGAUUCUAGCCGUAGUUGCUUGUUUUUACCUUUUGUUUGAGUUUUAACGUGAAGUCAGGGGGAGGAAGUGUUGUUAAUCCAAUUUUAUACCCGCGCGCGUGUGGAGAGGUACGCACAUUGUACACGAUAUUUUAAGUAAGUUUUAAAUCCUACGUCGCCGUCCAGGACCCAAAAAGUAGACCAGAGAAUUAGCAGGACAGAAACGAAAUUGACACCACAACGUAGCAAAAUCAAAGUGGAGCACCUCGUCAUUAUGACUUAAAAUUUGCAGAAAUCUCCAAAACCAUAGUGUGCGCUUGAUAGCUUAGAGUUACAUUUUUAAAUUGUUUGCAAAAAAAAGAAAAGUUUGGAUUUUUGGAUCAAGCCAAGAAAU